UACUUAGUAAGUUACAAUCACCCGUGCGCAAGAGUUGAUAAUUUUGCAAAUAAUUACAUUGUACUAAGAAACAAAUAAAUGGUACAAAUGUGUAAAUAAAUUACGUAAAUACUUUUCAAGUUUAUGGACUAAAAUUGUGAAAUAUUUAGUAAAAAAGGAGCGAUGGACAAGUGUAACUAUUCAGAAGUUCCGAAUGUACUAGACAAUAAUAAUUGUAAUAGUGAAUGUGAGAAAAAAACAAAUAAAGAAUGGAAGCCGUUUUUGAAACAGUUACUAAUCUGCAGCGGAGUUUGGACGUCAGUGUUCCUGUACGGGCUGUGCGUGGGCGCACCCACCAUGUUCAUCCCGCAGAUCCGACGCGAGGCAAAUGACACCAGCGUCAUCACUGACGACAUGGCUUCUUGGCUCACGUCUGUGUAUGGCUUCAGUGGGUUCCCGUUCGUACUCAUCCUCUCCAUGCUGACAAGAUUCAUCGGCAGGAAGAUACCUUUCAUCAUUGCAGUAUUAGACACCUUUGCAGCGUUCACUGUUUUGUACUACAGUACAAACAUAACCCAUUUAUUGAUAAGCGAAAUUAUGCAAGGACUAUUCUCAGCUUCACACAUUGUUAUCACUGUCAUGAUCUUAACUGAAUACAUAUCACCGAGAUAUAGAGGCAUAUUUCUGACAGUUAAAACUGCUACAUUUUACUGGGGUAUUUGGGCGUCAAACGCUAUUGGGACUUUCUUCCAUUGGAAGAAAAUUCCACUGUUCGGAAUGGUUUGUUCUUUGUAUACCUUGAUUACUGUGAUGACUUGGCCUGAAUCUCCUUAUUGGUUGGCAAGUAGAGGAAGAUUUGAGGAGUGUGCAACUUCACAUCGCGCAUUAAAAGGUUGCGAUGAAGAAUCGGAGAAGGAAUUAGAAGCAUUGAUCACUUCUCAAAAGGAAUAUAUUGCUAGCUGUAGCAAUACUAAGUUAACAUUAAAAGAGCGGUUAGUUGAAGUCAUUAAAACGAUGAAAUGUAAAGAAUUUUACAAACCAACAGCAUUAUCUCUUACAACAGGCUGUUUAGGAGUUCUCUGUGGUAAAUUAGUGUUUGCUGUGUACGCCAUAGAUAUUUUAAAGAAAAUAACUAAUAAUGAAUCGACAGCUUACAUUGCCAUGUUGAUUUUAGAUGGCUUUACAGUUUUAAGUAUGUACGGAGGUUGUAUUUUAGCAAAAUAUAUAAAAAGGCGAACAUUGUUAUUAGUAGCUUCAAGCAUGGGUGUGUUAUUUUUAUUUAUUUUAUCAUUGUAUUUGUAUUUGAUUCGUUUGAAUGUUAUUGUGGAAAAUGUUUAUGUAUCAAUAUCGUUACUUGUAGCAUUUUCAAUAGCUGUAAGUUGUGGACCAAUGACAAUGUCUAUAUCAGUGUACGGUGAAUUAAUUCCAGUUAGAUCUAGAAAUUUGUCUGUCUGUCUUGUAGCAUUAGGUGGUAAGUUAUUAAUAGGUUUUACUUUAAAACUAUCUCCAACAUUAUUCAAGACGUUUGGCUUACACGGUGCGUUUUUGACCUUUGGUUUAUUAUCAUUAUUUAUUAUCGUUCUUUUGUACAAAUAUUUACCGGAGACGAAAGACAAAACAUUGCAAGAAAUAGCAGAUAGUAUGAUAAGUCCAAAAUCUAAAAAAACUAAAGUACGAGUUACAUCCAAGUUAUUAACCUCGUAGAUAAGUUAUUUAAUAUUAUUAAUAACAAUAUUUCAUAAUCUUUUAUUGGAGUUUCUUUAUUAAAUAUGACUAUCUUUCUUAUUCGUAUUUUUCAUCGAACCUUGAGAUCGUUCACUCUUUUAUAACUUGAAAGGCUUUAAAAGUACAUGAUGUAGAAUCGAUUGCCGAAAACAUGUAGGACUGUAGGUCACAGAGAUAAAAGUAAAGGAUAACGUCAAUUGAAUGAGUAAAAAUUAUGUCAGGCUGACUUUUUUGUAUUUCCUGUUUUAAAAUAAGUUGUAGUGGUUUUGAUUAACUGGCUAAAAGAACAUUGAAUACUGGCUACUGAUUUUUAUUUUUACAUGACAUGUGUAUUUUAAAGUAAGUAGGAAAUUGGUCAAAGAGCAUAUUUAAUAAGAACUUGUUUUUUGUCUCAUCAAAAUUGGUACCACUUACAAGUAGUUAUGAAAAAACUGUAUGUACUAAACUGUAAAUCGUUGUUAUAAUAAACAAUAUGCAAGUAUUUACUAUCUACCAUACAAACGCAUAAUUACAUAAUCACUUAUAACUCUAUCAUAGAGUCCUACUUAACAUCCUUAUCAAUUUCAAAUACAGGUCAAAAUAUCUAGGACAUCCAUUUCUAAUCACAGGCCACUUCCACGAAACCACAUUCAGAGACCUUGGACCAAAUAGGUGUAAUCCCUUCUGCCAUGUUGUCCUUCGAAAUCACGGAGUAAGGAAAGAUGAGCAGAGAUGCCAUAACGCAGGUAGGUAGGUCACGCGCCGUCUUCUAGGUCAUAUUCGUAAAUUGGGCAUGACUAGAAAGAUCAGUUACGAGUGAAUUAAAGCAGCGUUCGGGUUCUUUGAGACAUAAAUAUGUCAACAAUUUUUGGUAUUACAAAAAAUUAUCGGUUCCAAAGAAGACGAAAACUGGAACGUUCCUCGUCCCCCGCUCAUUCGCUACUUUUUAUGUGAUUUUCUGCUAUGGCACCUCCGCUAGUCAUUUUGUUCUGCAUGUUUGUAACUGACAAGAAACUUGGCUAAUAAGCAUUUUUUGUACAUGUCCAAGCCAUUGGAGACUUUAUGUUCUGUGUGUCAAGGUCACUGCGAUCAAUUAGCUGGUAUUAAUUAAUUAUUUGGCACCAGAACAGAUUCGAUAAUUACUAUUGUUACGAGAAUGUAUGUCGUUCGUGUGACAAAUGUGUGACAUUUCAGGAGCUAGUAUUAAAGUUCUAUCUGUGCCAAAAAAAUGUUUCUUUUUUGUUAAGCUCACUUUAUUAGUCGGCCACAUCACACUUUUCAAGAAAUGUGUAUAAAGAAUCAAUAAUGAAUUUGUAUUAUUUUUUAAGUCCUUUAUAAAGAAUUUAAUGGACUAAAAAGUGCUAUUUUAUCAGGUGAUCAAAUAAUUUAAAUGCAAAGUAAUGGCAAUUAAUUAAUUAAUCACAUAACACAUUAAAAUCACGUUUUAGGCAUAAAAAACCUGUCAAAACUAGUUGAGUCCAGAAAAGAUGUAACGAGAUACUCUAGCAUUUAAAUAGUCUAGUAUAAUUAUUUAUUUGUUUGAACAACUUAUACCUACUAUGAUUCCAUCAUCAUAAAACGGACUCUGAAGCAAGCAAACCAUUAGAAUUUAAAAUGCUCCUAAGUUUCUUUAACCUUUAUUUAAUACCACCAAAGUAUUUUAUUCAGUGGAUUUACCUAUUUGACUAUAGUACCUAAAUCCGGCUAUAAAGUACGAAUUCAGAAGUUUGAAAAAAGGAAAAACUUAUACCUAUUCCGCAGGUAAGCUUGUGACAACUGGGCUGAUGAACAUUCACGUUUGCCUGUGGUAGAUGGUCACUAUAUCAUAGGUACUGUUCGGCAACUUAUAGACCUUGUAAAAAUAAAUUGCCGCUCCAAAAUUAGCAGUUUGACACCUCUCAAAUCAAAAAGUGUACGCAGAAGUGUUUUCUUACAUUUAGACUAUUUUGAAACCACUGAAGAUUAUCAAUUGUUUACGUAAAAUAAAAUUAAACCAAAAACAAAAACAUGUAAACAGUUUAUACUAGGCAAGAUAACGACAAAAAGUUAGGGAGUUCAUCGCACCCAAUACUUAGUAAGUUAACAAAACUUGUAAUUUUAUUAAGAAAGUGAUUCAAGUUAGAUUUUGUGGGCCUGAGCCUUGCGAUAAUGUUAUUGUGCGUAAGUUAUUCUUUAAUCGAAUAUAAUGUUCUCACAUAAUUUAUAAAUUAUUUUUAGCUUAAUUAUUUUAGGACUCAUCAUCAUCACCAUCUCAACCAUAGGACGUCCACUGCUGAACAUAGGCCUCCCCCUUUGAUCUCCAAAGAUACCUGUUGGAAGCGACCUGCAUCCAGGACUCAUGCAUUUUUAAAAUAUUCUUUGAUAUUUUAUUUUAAAGUUAUAUACGAAUCGGUGCUCGCUGCAUAUGUAAACGUUAUGAUGACAUAGGUUAAUCUAUUAAUAUACAUAGUUAUUACAUAAAAGGUUUAAUUUUGACAACUAGAUUCUAUAGUAGGGGUUUCGGAAGUAGGCGACAGUUUUUGUUUAAGUACCCAUAUUGGUAGCAUGUUGUGUCGCAAAUAGCUGCGAAUUUUGGAAAAUCUAAUGCACUAACAUUUAAUUUGAUAGAUACAGACUUCCGUAAUCACAUAAGUCGUUUCUGUAAAAUGAGUCAUUGAAACGUUGUUUUAAUUAAUUUGAAAAAAAAAACAAUCCCGUUGCACAGGUUGCAGUGGUGAAAUAGUUUACAACAUUUAUUUACGACUCAUUUCAGCUUAAUUUAUGUUCAAAAUAUUUGUUUGCGGUUUUCUAGGAAAAAGCUAACGUUUGUAUAUUGCACAAUAAUAAUAUGGCAUCUUUGUUUUUUUAUGUAAAUCACAACUAUACCGAUAUUUAAUGAUACUUUUAUCUGUAGGUAUUAGUUUUGAGUUCUCGUUAUUUCAAUGUAUUUUUUUUUUUCAAAUACGUUAUAUGUAAAUAUUGAAUCAUUUACCAGUUUUUUGCCAAAAAUGUGACUUGCAACUUUUUAUCGUUACAGAAACAUAUUAUUUAUACAUUUUAGUUAUAUAGGAAGUACAUAUUAGCCCAGCUUUGGUCCAAGGGCGUCCGGGAAUAGAUCCCGCGUCCAAGUGCAUGUAACGGCUGGAUUUAUUACGCGACCUCCCGCCAAACGACCCGAUACAGGGCGAUAUUAGGCCCGAGUAGGGGAAACGUGGAUUUGGGAAAUGCGGGACUUUUAAUAUAAGAGAUUUUAAACUCAUAGUUACUUAUUCAAAAUUGGCGGCAAAAUAGGACUUUUGGAACGUCAACAUUUACAAAAGACUGUCUCCAAAACGCCCACCCUUCACCACCUCCUAUGUGUUUUUGAUGGGAAGAAAAAGUGGUGCAACAAACUCCCCAGCAACACAUGUCUGUUUGCAAGUUAGAAGAACCUUUCAACGAUGUUGUGCAAUGAGUGUAUUGUUGUACCUACACAGUAUGCAGUUUUGGCAUAAAAUGAAUAUAAAGUGGCUUUAAAUAAUUUAAUUAAUAUUCUUAUAUACACAUGCUAUGGCUAAAGCGAGUUUAUUUCCUUUGGAACUUGGACUUGUAUAGAAAAUAAAUGCCAUAUUUUUCCAUAAAUUGAAAAAAAUGGUGUAACUGCGUGAUAAUUCUACAUUGAAUCCAAAAAACUGGUACACACUUAAGAUGGUAUUUUACAAGCAAGUAUGUAAAUAAGAGCUUAUCACUUUUAUGUCGUCUUAAAAUAAAAGAUCUUGUAUAAUAAAUUGAUUGAAUUAAU